GGUCACGUGAUGUCAGGAUGCCUGGAUCCCCAGCCACUUCAGAGCACCACCCCAACACCGAGGGACAGGAAGUGAGGGACAUGGAGCUGUUUCUGGAUCUGUCAGAGUCUCCUUUUCUUUCCACCUCGUCUGCAGCUUCGGAGCAGCAAGGGGACGGCAGCUGGAGCCAAGACGGAGACCUGCAGGGAUGUGGACAAUUAGAGAGGAAGUGGGUGCUCUGGCACGAGUUCAUGAAAGAACACGCCCACCUGGACACUUGGCUUCGACUGGCCGAGCAGGCUGUCAGUUCCCCCAACUCCGCCCACGUUACCUGCAUCACUGCCAAGGAAGAACUGAGGAAGUUUGAGAGGCUGCGGUGCGAGGCCGGAUCUCGUCUUGUCCAGUUGGACAGUCUGACCCAGAAGAAUCGGACACUGACUCGGCUGUUUCAGGGCGCCAUGCAGGCGCGGCUGCUGGCGUUGGCAAGGGAGUGUGGGCAACGAUGGGACAAUGUGAACGCCAAACUGGAAUCCAUCACCAGACAACUCAAGCUCUUUGUCUCGGAGUGGGAGGGGUUUGAGGCAGAGAGGGAGGAGCUCACUCUCUGGUUGGCUGACCUGGACGUCCGUCUGACCGAUGUCGAUCACCUGACAGGAAACACCUGCGAAAAGCUGAGACAACUGCAGUCCUUCCAGCAGUGUGUGUGUGUGAACUCUGGCCGUGUGAACGUCCUGCUGCAGCGCGGGGAGGCCUUGAUCCAGCGCAGCCAGCCAACUGAUGCUCAGCAUGUGGAGAGUCGGCUGCUGGAGCUGCUGCGGCGCUGCAGCCUCGUCUACAACAACAUCGCACGAACACACACGCGGCUGCUGAGCAUGAGACUGGUGUUUGAGGAUGACUGGAUUCUAUCUCAGGCUACAGACUCUGGUUGUCCUUCAGAGACUGUAUUAGAGGAAGAGGGAGCGCUUGAUAAAGCCAACCUGGACCUCCCUGCCUUAUCAAACCAUCCGAAAGAUUCCAGCCAAUCAGCUAACCACACCCCGGCCUUCUCCUCUCCCAUUCACCUCCCUCCUCAGUCCUCACCUACCCACGAGCACCUGGGGCUGGAGUGGGACCCCUCGGUUGAUGUUGGUCGCUCUGUUUCCUGUGACGAUGCCGACUCGUCGUAUUUCAGUGUCAGCACAGGUCUGUGUCACAGAGAUGGCGUGAAGAGGCGGAGCUACCUCAGCUCCCUCGGCUCUCUGUCUGAUAUCAGCAAUGACAUCAACAACCAGGAAGCAGAUCUGCGAUUGGAGGGAUGGCUUGACCACGCCCAGCCCAGUGUCUUCCCUGCAGUCGCAACCCAGAGGGGCGGGACUCGGACAAACAGAGACCAGUGGGCGACCUCAACUCCUGACAGACAGGACGGUGAACCAGUCAGCUUUGACGGUGGGCGCGUGAGGGCGUGGCUGGGAGUCCAGAGUCCCGGCCCUCCAGAAAGGAGGACUUCCUGUUCCAGAGCUGUGCAGACGGACGGGCAGGUGGAGUGCUACCUGGAUGAACGCCACAGUGACACACCCAACCAUCUGCGUCCUCAUUUCAACAACACACAACAGUCUUUUCCUGCCCCCUCCUCUUCACUCUCACAUGACCUAAAAGCUUCGCCUGAUUGGACAGGGCACCGAUAUCGAUCAGAUCUUCAGGCUGAAGAAGAGCAGUCCUGUUGUGAGGAAGCUGAGCGUCUUCUCUCCGAACAAAGUAUGACCUCCAGCAGCAGGGCCUCGUCCUCCCUGCUCUGCCCAGCCCUCCUCUACCUCCUUCUGGCUGCAGCUCUGGCUCUCCUGGCCUAUCUGAUCUGGGUCGUCCUGGAGCCGCCGUGUCACCGCAGCAGCAGGAUGCAUCGUAGUUUCCACCUGGCACUGAGAUAUGUCAACGGACCCCCGCCUACCUGAGGACCACCCAGAGACAGUUUGACCGAAGCACUUUCCUCAGGCUCGACAGAACGGAGGUUUGCAGCUCACCAUGUAAUGCUCAUUUCAAUGAACCCACAAGAGUCAAACAUCAAAGAUCUGACAGUGAUGUGCAGGAAUACAGGAUGAAAAAGCAACUUAAUAAAACCUUGAAUCAAGGGCAGCACUGAGUGUCAAACAUACACGUUUUUCUUCACAUUUUCCAACAUAAUUUCCAUAAUGAUCCAACUAUGUUUUCUCUAACUACAAAACUAGCUUCUUCCUGUAUUAAACCCGGGCUGCGGCAUGGUUUUGGUGCAACCCAAAUGUCAGUUAGUUAAUAGUCUGAACUUCAACUGUUUCUUCUUUAAGUGAUGAGCCACUGAAAGAUGAAAAUGUUCUCAUUAUACAACCUUAUUUUUGGAAUAUCACAAUAAAGUUGGCUUCAUUUUAAAACCAAUUAGAUGUAAACACAUAACCAGUUUCGGAUCCAACCCUCUGAGAGCUUCAUCCUCAUCUUCAUCUCUCCCUGUAUCACUCAUCAUUGAGGCUGGCGACCUGUCAGAGAAUUUGUCAGUGGUGUCUGGGCUUUUUGUAGAGUCCUCAACCCCCUUCUCCUCCUCUGCCUUAUCUUCAACCUCCUUGCCCUCCUGCCCCUAGUCCUCAGUCCCCUUGACCCGCUGCCCUUCAUCCUCAUCACAGUCAUUAAUAGUCUCUUGUCUCAGUUGCCUCACAGUCUGCAGCCAAGUCACUCAAAUCUGACUCUGUGUCAGGGUCAUCAGUAUGUUGGGGCUCCCCUUCCAGCUCAGUCCUUGGAUCGUGGCCUUCUGCUGUCUCAGCAUCCUCCACCGGGGCCUUUGUUCUGAGUUGCCUCACUUUAAAGGCCUCAUGAAGGUCUGGUACAGUGCAGUAAAAUAUUUCUGCUGUCGCCACAUCAUGACACAUGGAGGUGUCCACCCUGGUUCUCUCCUCCUGGGUCAGGUGCUUUUUGACCUGACUGCUCACAGUUAAUCGUGUUAAGCUGAUGGUGAUGGUGCCCUUGAGGCCAGCAUCAUGCCAGGCUGUGUUCAGAUGAGCGCUCAAUUUGGUGAGCUGCUUCCUGUCAGUUGCAUGAAAAACAUGCUAUGUGUAAUGUGUAUCAGCUUCCUCAGCCAAGUAUCCUCCUCCUCAUUGAGGGCCAAAGUGGCUUGGCCAGAUGUUCUUUGGGUCUUGUCAUCUCCUACCCACACAAGAUUCAUCUUCUUCCUGAUCUAUGUCCAGGACCUCUUCCGUUUUCAGUGAUGUGAAGACAACUGGCUGGUGUCCAGUUGGUAUAGGUUGGAAGCCAGUUAUGUACCCCAGCAGCAUGGAUAUAGUUGUGACCCUGGCCUUGACGAAGAAGGCACUCUGAUCUUCCGCACUCACACGGUUCCUAAAGUUCAAGCGCUGAAGUCAAAGAUGGUUGUGGAUUUGUUGCCCUGAGCUCUUGUAACUUUUCCACAAUAGGCACCCGCUUGGCUUUGAACAUAAAGUCAUCAACUUCAUGUUGGGGUGCAGCGCACAGAUCCCACAGGUGCUUACCCACCCGAGACCAGCCCAGCUUGUCACACAUUGGGCAAGUGAGCUUUCCUGCACCAUGCCCACCUGCCCAGCAGAGGAGGGGUUCUGGAUCUUGUUUCAUUGAAUGACACUGUGAACAUGGACAAACUCGAUACAACAUUAUACAGCCUUUGAUGAAGUGAGACAAUUCCACUGGUUCUGUGUGCUGUUUACGUUUUUCCUUUAACUUUCUAAAAGUGGUCAUCACUCAGAAUCUAUAAAAAGAGACAGGUUGCUGCAUCAGUUUCAGAAAAAUACUUUGAUAUCUAUUGGAAACAGCUGAAAUAAUGUCCUCACAUAUUUUUUUUACAUUCAUUUUAUAAACAAAGUUUAAGACUUGAUAAAGACAGUUUAUCCUUGUCCUUAAAAACAGUAAUCUGACCAAAGAAACAGUUUUACUUACCACUUACUGCCUUCUUCAGGAACUUUUUCAGACUCAAUGUUCUGGUGUGUAUUUUUUGCAUCACACAGCAAUUUAACUGGUCUGGACGCAAACUUUUCCAAACCUCCGUUGUUUGAGCACAAGGAAUGACUAUGCGAGAUUGACAGGUUGCAAACCUUUAAAAAUAUUAUUAAAUGUUGACAGCUAAAGAUGCGAUUUUAUGCACCAACAAAAGAGAGUUUUUAGAAAUACUCUCGUGCUUUGUGGCAGCUGAUGUGGGUGGUGUGUUGAGCUUAAAUGAGCAGUUUGUAUAAUAUUUUAUAACUCCUGAAAGGUAAGGGACAAAAUCAAAUCAUGUUUAAGUUUGAAACAUAAGAUUUCAGUUUGAGUUUAGUUCUUUCCAAUAAUUCGCAGUAACCCGUCCAUUAAAUUAACAGAGUCUGAACACAAUAUGCUGCCUUAGAUUUAAAAUAUAUCUUUGUCUCUUACUAGGAGCUGUAGGCUACAUGAAAAUAAUAUGGUAGCACAUUUCUGCCAGUGUAAUGAAUAAAGAUCCAAUAAGUCAUUACAAUUAGAAACUUUUUCAAAAUAAGUCAGUAUACCAAAAUAAUACAUUAAAGAACCUAAUAAUUAAAAAUAUAGAAACAAGACUAGCUCAUUAUUUUGAAAACGUUAUUCAUUAUUUUGACAUAGAACAUUUUGAAAUACCAAUUCGUCAUUUUAAGAUAUUUACUCAUUACUUUAAGAUGCUAACCUGUUAUUUUAAGAUAAUAUAUUUUAAGAAAGCUGCAUAUUUUUAGAUACUAAAUAUUUAAAGAAACUUAAGUCAUUAUUUUGAGACUAAUUAUUCUGAGAUAAUAUCUCAAAGUAAUAAGAAGCUUUCUUCAAAUAAUGAGUAAGUAACUCAAAAUGACAAGUUAAUAUCUUAAAAAAAUGAGUUCAUAUCUAAUUAAAGAGUUAGUAUUGCAAAAUAUUGGGUUAAUAUCCGAAAUUAAUGACUUAGUGUCUGAAAAUAAUGAGUUGCCUUUUUCUUCAUCACACUGGCUUGAUGGGUUUCCAUAUGAAACAUGUCUGGCUUCACCCGCCCAGAAAUAAUAUUCCAAAGUCCAUGCCUUAAAGAAUAUAUAUACCGUCUAAAUAUAGCAGAAUGUAUGUAAACUAAUGGGAAGUUGUACUAUGUAGAUUUAUCUUUGCAUAUGAGAUUUUUUUGUCAGUAAAAUUAUUCCUAACUGCCUCAUUUUCCAGACCAAUGCUACGUUAUUGUAGCAUCAGCUGAUUAAAUGUCCACAUCAAUGUGUUCAAAGUUAAAAAUCUUCUUUGUUGGUUUGUAAUUCCAAUGUUGAAGUAGCUUCUUGGGAAAAAAGAGGAAACAUGUCUUUUUUUCUGUUGAAUAAAUGUAGUGUAUGUUUGAAAGAUUGAGGCGGUUAAAAUUGAGAAAGAGUCUGACUUGUACAGCUGUUUAUUUCUUUUUUCCUAGAUAUGAAAUCAUAAUUAAUAACAUAGAAACACUGUACUAGCACAGUAGGAAAGUGAGGUCAACAGUCACAGCCAGAAUAAUUUUAUGACUCAUGUUGUGUAUAUAAAAAAAAAAAAUAAAAAAUAAAAAUGUAAUGACGCAGACGCUAAUGUUUUGACUUUAGAAGAUUUACUUCCUUGUUCACACAGGUCAUAUCUUUAAACCACUAUCUGUACUAAUGUAGCCAAAGCUAAUGUAAAGGAUGCAGCUCACAGGCUAGCUUUGUGCUGCCCCCAUGGAUACAGCACUGGCGGUGAGGCUCCGUUCAGUCCUAUGAAAGUUGCUCAGUCACGCAUGAAGCCAAAAUCACUCAAUUUCCAUGUUAUAAAAUUAUCCGGACAAUCACUAAUGUUUCGGCAUCAUUGGGCUCAUAGAGCAGACGCACUAGAGACUUACGGCCACUGACCGAGCGGCUAAUGUCCAGUUUAGCGCUGCACUAACUUCAGUGCUGAUAAAAUUAGUUAAUCUUGCAGCUCUUUUAGAAUUUUCAAAAGAUGCUGGACCGAAUGGAUUAAAUCUUGAUAGUGGAGCAAGUCCUUUCGCAGAGGUUGUGACUCUAAAAAUAUAUAUAAAUGUCUUUUUCCCAAUGUUAGUCUAUGGGAAAAAGUCUUUUUGGGCCCACUGGCAUCACAUGACAGACCCUGAAAAUUGCAAUACCACUGUUUGGCCACUACGAAAAUUGACUUCAAAGCCUGGUACACUUCCUGGGGGCCUGCUUUCCUCUUAAUAACUCUGUGUAAUAAUUAAAGUACCAUUUAUGACAAAAUUAUGAAGUAUUUUGUACUUAAUAUUGACCACUAACUGCCUUUACACCGUGAUAGCACUUGUAUUUAAAAUUCAUUAAGAUGUUUUGCAAAAAGGGAAAUGUGUUGAGGGUAACAUUUGUCAACGUUUUAAGGACCAAGUCCUUUUUUGUGUGUUUAUUUUUAUUUAUUGUUUUAGUCCAUUAACUACAAAUCACAUAUCUGUACAUCACUGCUGGCCUUUUUCUAAACAACCAAAAGUGUUAAUGAUUUUGGUUUUCCUUUUUUUUUUCUCAGGCAGCUUUUGGUUUCAGUUCAUUUCUCCAAAGAUCAUCUCAUAGUGACUCAUCUUUCUGCAGAGACAUUAUCACAGCCGAGAUCCAGUCUGUAUUUAUUGUAGUAAAGUUGUGUUGUUGGUGUUUGAUGAUGCGUUUUAGAUGCAUUUAGAUUUUAAAAGCCCUUAGUGCUUUUCCAAAGAACAAUAAAUUCACUGUGACCAAAAUAAAACUAUACAUGAUGGAUUAUUUGCAGCUAGUUUCAGUACAGCAGUAGUGCACAGAGUGUAUCUGAUGAUUAUUAAAGGGGCUAAAACAUGAAAAAGAAACAUGGUUUGUGGAGUUCUGACUGAUUUUGUACUUUAACUGUCCACUAAGUGUCAAUGAUGUUACGCUCCAGCUAGAACAAGGUGCUGCCUGCUUUAUUAUUGUGUGUUUAAAGGGACUGAAGAGUUUUGUGUUCCCAACAUCAUGUAACAGCUGUGAGAGACCACCUGUGUGUGACUGCAGCUCAGUUAGUGACUUGUUAAAACCCAAAUGUCUCAGGGGAAGGUUCUUAAAACAAGUAGAUUUCAGGAGGAUCAAUAGUUGUUAAAGCUGCCGUCCGUGGGCUGUGUGAUGAUGAUGAUGAUGAUGAUGAUGAUGAUGAUGGUGAUGAUGAUGAUAACGUGUGUUUUGAGCCUUUUGACGUUGAGAGAAUCAUUGAAAAGGGAACUUUGUAAACCAACUGCCAUCUAAAUAUUUCACUGUUUUUUAGUUGAAGGUUUGUUUUUUUGGUUAUUGUUAAAUAUUUCAAAAACAGAUCCAAUCAAAUGUUCUUGCUUUUGUACUUGUUUGAAGAUGAAUAAAAUGAACUGUAUGAAACA